AUGAAUCCUGUAAAUCAGCCGUACCAACCACUGUCGCCUCACAGCGUAUCCUAUAGUGAUAACGCCUUUGUCUCUCGAUCCUCUACCUGUUCCUCUUCCUCGGCGUCGUCUUCUUUGGCUACUCCCGAGCCUGAAUUUGAUGACCAAAAGACAAAGAAUAACAUUAUCCAACAUUUGGUCUCUCAGCCGCCACCAAAGCCGAAGAAGCAGUAUCAAUGCCCCAAAUGCUUAAAAAGCUUCACUCGUCCAAGUGCUCUUCAAACACAUUCUUACACUCAUACGGCUGAAAAGCCUUUCCAAUGUCGAAGUCCCAACUGCGGUCGCUCAUUCUCUGUUGUGUCCAAUCUAAGACGCCAUUUCAAGGUACAUCAAAAAGCUGCUGCUGGAGACAAGUUGUCGGCUGAAGAUCGACUUCGUUGUGUUCGCAAUCUAAUGGAAAGAAGUAGCAGGAUACUCGCAAACAAAAAGCAGAUCUUGCCUUACAGCAAUGCUGCAUCUCAUCUUUAUGCAGCACACCAUGAACCCAGAAGGACAUCCUACCCAAUACUGCCCUUACCGCCACAGCAACCACAACCACAGCACCAGUAUCAGCAUUAUCCUAUUUUGCCUGAUUUGAGCAUAAACAACGAUAAGUUCAUGAUGCAAGGUCCUCAUCAAAACAUGGUUUUGCCCCCAGAGUAUCCUGCAAAUGCUACAUCUAACUCCAAGAUACCAAUAUACUGGGUCAAUCAAUUUGGUGCUCCCACGCCAUGUACUCCAUUUGCAGAUAGCGGUACAUCUCCUAACGGUUCAAAUACUCAAAAUUGA